UUAGGGAUCUGCAAACCAGAGCUGGCACUCUGAGCUCCAGGUGGGAAAAAAACAAAUAAGGGAAAUAGCAAGGUGAGAGGAAGAGAGAACGGAACUGCUUGAAGAAAGGGAAAAUGAGAGACGGAAUGAGCUGUUGCUGAAAUCUGGGAUUCUCCUGUAGAGCUGGUGAAAAAGAAUAGAAGCUGGGAUGAUCCUGCAGCCCUCUCUCCCUCAAGCACCAAGAUGACCCCUCCUCAUCCCUGACUAUAUCUUUGAUCAAGUUCCCGGGGUGGGUGGCCAAGAUGACCACCACGUCCAAUAAGGAACUUGUGCUGGUGGAGUUUGAGUAUGAAUACACCACCAGAGAUGGUGGUCUGGUGUCUAUCAAACCCAACGAACGGUACCUUCUCCUGUCAAAGACCAAUGACCACUGGUGGCACGUCCGCAAGGAUGAGAACACCAAACCCUUCUACAUCCCUGCCAAAUAUGUGAAGGAGCUCCCUUCAGAUUUCCCCUCCCCUUUGGACUUUGUCAGGCCAAAUGGCCUGGUGACUCCAGAGCCAAUGGCCGAGAAAAAACCAGCGGAUCCACUUGCCAAGAAGCCCGAGGAAAUGACCAUCAGGCUCCGCUCGCAGUCAUUCAGCACUAACAAAGCCGAGAGCCGGAUGUCAACAUUCGGUGUCCCUCAAGACCUUCAGGACUUGAACCGUCAUGCAGAUCCAUUAAAGGCACAGCAGCCGCCUUCUGCUGCCAGCACCGUGCCCUUGACCUUUCCCAAAGAUGUAUCGCACCACAUCAAGAGGUUCAGUCUAGCCCCCGGUGUCUUACGUGGCUCUAGAUCAGCAGUGGACGACAUGCAGCUGCCCCCCUCGACACCUCGAGUUCCCAGCUUCAGUCCGGCUGAUCCGAUAACCAGACUGAAGGAAGCGAGGCCAGCUGAGCCGCCUGUUGUCAAGGCCGAAACAAGAAAGUCGGUUGAGCUGAUGGAACCUCCGGUCCAGUUCAGAGACGAGGCUGAUCUACCAUCUGAGAAUAUUUAUGAGUCCAUACCAGACAUGCAGGAUGUAAAGUCAAAAAAGCCGCUGGUGACAGACACAGUUCUGGAUGGUGAUCCGGCUUCUGUUCCUCCUUUCGUUCCACCCACCAUUGAGGCUCCACCCACCGCUCCCAAACCCACUCCACGCCUUCUUCCUCCUGCCCAGGUAGAGAGAGAGAGCCCCAGCACCCCAGUGUACGUCAAUGUAGCGGAGCUCCGGAACAGCUUCCCCCAGUCUCCACCCUCGCCCUCCCCCCCACCUCGAGCAUCCCGCCACCUCUCCUUGGACUUGGAGGGAUGGGAGGUUCACACUGACCAGGAGAGCGGCCAGGAUUAUUACUACCACCCCACCACUGGGCAGACGACGUGGGACAACCCUUUUGGCCCCCCUACCAACACUGAGGUGCCGGAGGAGGAGCCGGCUCGGUCCCCUAGCCCGUCCCCCUCCCCACUGGCCGCCGGGACCUCCGACUGGGAGCAGCUGCUGGAUGAGGUCAGCGGGCAGCAUUACUUCUACAAUCCAGCAACGGGCGAGACUUCUUGGGACCCCCCAGAGCAGCUGUCCUCCUCACCGCCUCACAUGGAGUCCCUGGGCUUCCAGGAUGAUGGGCCGCCCCCCCUCCCUGAAGAGGACUACCCUAUAGACAGCCAAGAGGAUCCUGGGACCUUGCCAACCUUCCCAAAAGAGUACACAUUCUCCCACGUGACACGGACCACCAUCCCACGGGCCAGCUUAGACACAAGUGCUCCAGCAGGCUGGACGCGCUCCGUCGACCCGGACGGGAAGUGGGUGUACACCAGUGAGAGUACGCAGGAGCAGUGGAUCAAAUCACUUGAUGACAGGGGACAGGCCUACUAUUACACAAGAGAUGGAUCCAGAUCCCAGUGGAGCUUACCCGAGGUUUCCCUAACCUCAGGCCAACCGAGGGUGGGGAAUGGAGUUGACCAGGAAGGGUCCUCAGUUUUAAAGAACUGGAGGCAUACCAUGGGCCCAUCCCAGUUCAGCACAUCCCAGGACGACAUGCAGAAGUUUCACCCAACUCACAGGAGGAAAAUCUCUGAUUAUGGCAGCGAUGCCUCCAGCUCCGGCAACUCCCCAGAGCUGCCACACCAUGCUGAUAGGUUCAAACACCGAAGGAACCCAUCCAAUCAGAGCUCCGAUUCCCAGCAUCAUAACACCCAGAUUUUGGAAAAAGCUGGAAUUCUGAACAAAACUAAGAUCGCUGAGAAUGGGAAACGAGUGAGGAAAAACUGGAGCCAGUCUUGGACAGUGCUCCAUGGUGGAGUUUUGACAUUUCACAAGGACCCAAAGUCAGCAGCGGGUGGAACCUCGAACAAGACCAAUCAGAUCGUGCCAGAAUUCACACUGGAGCUACGGGGGGCAGUCAUUGGCUGGGCCUCCAAAGAGAAAUCUAGCAAGAAGAAUGUUUUAGAGCUGAAAACUCGAAGCGGAGCUGAGUUCCUUGUGCAAUAUGACACUGAAAGUAUCAUCAACGACUGGCACAAAGUGAUUGUAGACACCAUUCGACAGCUGGAUUUAGACCACCACUCUGAGGAGGAGGAAGGAGAGGGCAGUGAGAAGCCACAGGCCUCAGAGGACAAGAAGAGGACGGCCACCAGGAUGAGCGUGUCGGGCUCCAGUGUGGACAUGGACCAGAAGAAGGUGCGCACCAAGCUCCUCAAGUUCCUCCAGAAACGCCCCACGCUGCAGUCCGUCAAGGAGAAGGGCUACAUCAGAGACAAUGUGUUUGGUUGUAAUCUGCUCGCACUGUGCGCCCAGGAGAAAACCACGGUCCCCAGCUUUGUGGAGAAGUGCAUUAAAGCAGUGGAGAAAAGAGGUCUAGAUAUCGACGGGAUCUACCGCGUCAGUGGCAACCUUGCUGUCAUUCAAAAACUGCGCUACAAGGCAGAUCACGAGGAGCUGGACCUGGAGGACGGACAGUGGGAGGACGUCCAUGUCAUCACGGGAGCGUUGAAGCUCUUCUUCAGAGAGCUUCCUGAGCCACUUUUCCCCUACAGUCACUUCAGCAGCUUCAUUACAGCCAUUAAUAUGAAUGAUUACAACCAGAAGGUGGCAUAUAUGCGUGCGCUGGUGAAGUCUCUCCCUGAGCCCAACCACGACACCAUGGAGCUCCUCUUCAGACACCUGCGCAAUGUGAUCGAGUAUGGGGAGGAGAAUCGCAUGUCAGUGCAGAACAUUGCCAUCGUCUUUGGCCCGACGCUACUCAGGCCUGAGACGGAGUCAGCCAACAUCACCAUGCACAUGGUUUUCCAGAACCAGAUCGUUGAGUUCGUCCUCAAUGAGUAUGAGCACAUCUUCUACCCUGGUUGAACAAGUGGUUCUCCAGCAGAGGACAUGAGCCAUGUGAAGUGAGAGAGCAACAGGAGCAACAGGAGCAACCAGGACACCAUGCGCUGCAGAUGGGUUCGGGCACUGCACAGCAAGGCCGAAGCGAUGCUAUUUGUCCCAUGUUAACAUGGGAAAUAUAUGUCUAUUAUGUUAUUAUAUAUCUGUGCAUGUGUGUGUGUGUUUG